AAAUGAACAUUCCUACAGUCUCUCCUCCCCACUCCAGCUAGUUACUCUUCACUCUACAAGUCACAGUGAGACACCUGAAGCAUUCACCUGUGUCAUUCCUCCUCAGUGACACUGGCAACUGAUACUGAGGCGCCCUCACAGCACAGAGCUCAGCACAGACUAUGAUUUAUGGUUGUAAACAUUUUACAAGCCAGCCUUCUCUUCUUGAGGACUAGUUGCAGAAGCUCUUUUUUUGAAAAAUGCCAAGCAACCUUAUAAAACUGAGCUCCUCAGAAAUGGAACCUGACUUUCACAGCCGCAGGUUCAGCGACUCUGAAAGAAGCGGAAGUUUCGAUAGUCAGGGAAGUCUUCGUUCCAGAUCUCGAAGUUCUAACUUGGAUCAUGAGAACCUCAAAUAUUUAACCAGUGAAGAGAAAAAUGCCCUCCUAUUUUUUGAGGAAACCUUAGAUGCCUUUGAGGAUGAUAUAGAAGAGCCACCAGUUUCCCAGGAUAAUAAUUGUGGAUACAACACUUCAAUAUCAACAGAUGGAAGUCACUCAGAAAAUGACGAAAUCAUAGACCUAGUUCAGGCUGAAGAAAACCUAGAACUGCACGCUCUGCCAAAUACAAGAGAUAUACAGGAAUCUCAAGAUGAAAAGCAGACACAACUGAACACAAGUGUUCCAGUGACUCCAGUAAUUCAUACAGCUUCACCUGUUCCUAUCCCAGCAAUGGCUUCUCCCAGGGAAAAGGAAAUAUUAUAUCCUGAAUUUCAUAUAGAACACAAAAAACUUCUUGGUGCUAUCCCAACUCCUGUUGUAAUAGCUAAAAAGAUUUCAGAGAAAAAUACAGAAAAUUUCAAUCCCUCGCCAUUGUCACUGAGUGAGGGGAAGCCAAAUGAAUUAAAAAGGAGUGUGGGAACAUCACCUAUUCAUGAAGGACAUUUCAACUUUACUGGCCCAAACUCUAAACCCAAUCAUUUCCCAAACAACAUAAGUGUCAAACAAGUUGGAAAACAAUAUAACAAAACCAUUGCCAAGGCAGCUGUCAAUGUACAAGAGCGAAAGGCUAAAGUUUUGGCCAACAUCAAUGGAACGUCUUUGCAUGAUGAUGACACAGAUAGUAGAGUCAAUUAUGAACAGCUAAGCAGGAAGACGUCAUUUCGGGAUGUGACAACUGAACAAGCUAGGUAUGAGGCCCUGACCAAAUUAGGCCUAGUUAAAGAAACAACAGUACAGGCUGGAAUCCAAACACCUACAUCUACAGUCUCAAAUGGUUCUAUGUCUCCUAAAUUCUUACCACAAGACUCUCACAAGAGAUAUUCAAAUGAAUCCCAGUAUAUAAGUAAUAACAUAAUGAAUGAGCCUAUUCCCUUUGGGCAUAGUAAGAGCUUACCUCAAGACUCUCCCAAAAGAUAUGUUAAUGAAAAUCAAAAUAUCAGCACUGUAAAGAGUGAGCCUAGUCAACUUGAACUUUCCAAAAGCUUACUGCAUGAGUCCACAAGAUUAUCCAUUGAAAAAUCAAAUACCAGCAAUAUCUUAAAAGCUGAUCCAAGUCUCCCUUCGUCACCCAAAAGCUUACCAUAUGAAUAUCCCAGGAGAUAUUUCAAUGAGUAUCAAAGUAUUAGCAGUAACUUAAAAAGUGGGCCUACACCUCCCAGGAAUUUAGCUCAUGACAUUCCCAGAGCAUAUUCAAAUGAAAACCAAAAUGGCAGUAGCUUAAAAAGUGGGCCUUUACCCUGUACAUCUCCCAAGAGUUUACAGCAUGAAGCUCCCAGAAGCUAUUCAAACGAUAAUCAAAAUAUCAGCAGUAGUAUAAAAAGUGAGACUAAUGCAUAUGUACCUCCGAGGAGUUCCCCUCAUGAAGCUCCCAGAAGAUAUAAGAAUGAAAAUCAAAAUAUCAUCAAUAACUCAAAAAGGGAGACUAGUUCCUCUAUACCGCCCAACUUCCCUCCAGAAUCUAACAGAAAAUUUCCCAAUGACCAUCAAAGUAUCAGUAAUAUUUUAAAGAGUGAGCCAAGCCCUUUUGUACCCUUAGGGAAAACUGUUAUUUUUAAAGGUGAAGCACUAUCUCCAGAAAAGAAAAUACAACCUAUUGCUGCUCAGGACAAUAAUGAUCAGAAACAAUCAAUUCCUCACCAGGACAUUAGAAGAACUUACUCUAUGCCAAGACCUUCUGGGUUCAGGCCUCAGGGUAUUACAGUGCAGUUCUCAGGACGUGAUGCAUCUGAGGAGACGCGAAAGGAUGCUCUACGUAAACUUGGACUCCUGAAAGAGAAGUCAUUCUGAAACUGUGAAUCAAAUGUUCAACAUAGCAGGACUUAGCAGGCACUCUCCAGAAAAUCAAUGGGUUUGGUUUGAGUGUUAUAUCUGGUAGGAUUAUGUAUAAUCACGUUUCUCUCCUUGCUCUUCAGUUUGAAGGAGGAGUUUUAGAAUAAUAGAACAAUAAAAUCAAAGGCAGUGGCUGAAAAUGUAGCAUAGUAUUGGGGUGCAAAAGCAAUAUAUUUUUGUAUUGGUAUGUUUUUACUUAAUGACAACAAAAAUAUGACAAACGUGUGCAAGAUACACUGCAUUACAUCCAAAUGUAUGUGUAUACUGGGGACCUUCCUACUGAUCCAUUACUUGUCAAUCAAAACGUAAUCGAUACAAUACACAUUUAUUGUACUAUUUUGCAGGGGGUGCAAUUAGAAGGGACAAUUAUAUUUCAAAGAAUAAUGCUGUGAUUAUAAAAAUAUGUUAAUAUAAGGUAUGUUUAUUUGUAGCCAACUUGUACAUAAAAUAUUUUUACGCAUAUAUUAUAUUUUGUAAGCUAGUGACUGAGAACACUGUAACCCCCAGAACUUUUCCAACAACUUUCCAGAUUUCCUUUUUGAGUAUUUGCACUGCACUUAUAUUGGGGUUGAUUUAUUCAUUAAAAAAAUCUGAGAUAUUGUUUUGUGUUGGGUAAUAUUACCCAAAAAUACUUUUGUUCCUGCUGUCAGGCUGCACUUUUAAUUGUAUGUUUGAUUGUUUUAUAAGGAAAGCUUCUUGGUUUUCAUUUUAUUUGAAUGAUGAUUGAGAUGCCACUGGUGCGUGACAAUGCAGAUACCUGAAUGUAUUUGCUGCACUACUGACUACACUGCAGUAAACAGAUGCUAUAGGGCUGUUCUGAAAGAUUUUUUUUUUAUGGAUAUUGCAAGACCAACUAUGAUGUCAUAGCUUGGCAGCAUAAAGGGUAAACAAUGUUUGCCAAAAUAGACUUAAAGGGGCAAGCAUGCAGAUGUGAAACUACAGGUUUCUGUACAAAAUGAUUGGAAGGUUUUUGCACUGUAAUCAUAUUAGUAUAUAAUGCAAUAUCAAACCUAAUAGUCACCCAGUCUACCUCUGAUCUUCAGUUACUAGGUUUUAAUCAUGAUAUAAUAUCCACAUCCAUCCUGUACGAUAUUUAAUCUAAGACGCAAAGAAAGACGACCUAUCUACAGCUGAAUGUGCUUUUAAAGAUUUAAUAAUACUAUUUAUAAUAUCCAAUGAAGAUAUACAUUUGUUCCUUCACAAAUUAAGAGCCAAAUACAGACUGUAAUAUACGUUGCACUACUAUACAAUGACAUAACCAGGGGUUCAGAGGCAACAGUAGUUAACCAUUGCUCAUUCUACCUCAAUCCUACCUUUUCUUUUCCUGGUAUAUAUAAUAUACUAAUCUUUUUAUUAGGAUUAAUAUGCUCCCUGAUGCAAAUGAAAUGGCCCUUAUAGUCUUCUGCAGUGGGCUACCAGUCCAUCUGAUCACCUAAACAUAACCUAGCUUGCAGACUGUUUUCUCUUUUUAUCUUCCCUUUGGGUAUAAAUCCCUUGCAUUCAAGAUCAUUUAUCCAAUUUAAUAAUUGCUCUACUGCAGUGAUUUUUCUAGAAACACUGUGAGAUCUAGUCACUGAGACACUGAGAUUUACAACAUAUAACUCCGCAAAUAAACUGGCCUUUGGGCUGGUCCCCAGAUCUACCCUAACUGCCACUCUCCAGUUAAUGUAUAUAAAUGUCACACGUUCAAACAGAAUGAGGGUAAGUGGGCAAAUCUGAUUCUUAACACAAAAUUAGAAAUGAGAAAUCACCUAGGAAACCAACACCAAGAAUUGAAUUAAAAUGUACAAGAUGAUUUGUAUUUAUAUUUGUGAUGUAACUGUUAUAUAAUACUGUCUGUUACAAUAACUAUUUAUGUUCAUAUUAAUAAAUACCAUGUAUCGUA